AUGGAAUCAAAGUUACCAAAACCGUCUGCCCUAAAAAGACCAGCGCCUGUCGCAAGGACCAUACUGCCAACGGAUAGGAUAAAAACGGCAUCAUUUACUGGAAGUUUUGGGAACAAAACACAUUUGUUCAGCGGGAGCUCUCAGUCUCUGAACACUUUUAAUCAACAUCCACGCGAUAUUACCAACUUUCAGAAUUAUGAAAAUACUGCACGCAGAGAACGAGCAGCAUCUCCCGAAGCUGCACACUCGAAUUAUGGAGCGUCACGCGCAAAAAUGAGACGGAGCCGUUCUGCUUGCGAUAUCCGAGAUAUGCGACCCUUAAAACGGACAGAAUCGACGUUGGCCCCAAUUCCAGCAAAAACUUCCCGACUGUUGUCCUCCACAGCUACAAUUGGGACAGUGGGGGCUAAUACUAACAGACCGCCGCGCAUUGGAAUGUCCACUACUGCAACAAGCAGUACAACUACAAAAAAGCCGCCAACUGCCAAUACAUCUAAAGUUAACGGAGGAGGUCGAACAGCAUUGAAUAAUACAAAGGGCUCAAGUAAUACGAGCGCAAACACAUCGGCGUCUGCGGCCAAAACUGCAAGCAAACGUAUUCCUGCAUAUGACUUUAAGGCACGGUUUAAUGACCUUUUAGAGAAACACAAAAUCCUUAAAGAUAAACUGGAAGAAAAGACAGAACAGCUUAACAGUCUGGAGAACUUACCAGAGGUACUAGAGGAUACAGAAAAACAGUUAAUAACUACAAAAGAAGAACUUAAAAAUACCCAAACGAUGAAUGAAUGCCUAAAACGCGAGACGAAGUUGCUGCAAGAAAAAUACAACAACACUGUGGAAAACCUGAGUAGAACAACGGUAGAACUGAAUAAUCUAACAAAAGCAUAUACUGAAAUAAAACAAGAACAUGCUGAACUAAUUUCCGAAGUAAAUGAGCUGCGUGAGAGAACCUCCACUUUGGCCGACAAAAACGCCAAUCUUAUGGAUGAAAUAGCAAUAUGCAAAGAACAGUUAUUCCGUUCAAACAUGGAACGAAAAGAAUUGCACAACACCGUGUUGGAUUUACGUGGUAAUAUACGCGUAUUUUGCCGUGUCCGUCCACCACUGGACUGUGAAAGGGACAAAAUGCUGUGUAAUUGGAGUUAUUUGGACGAAGCAACUGUUGAAAUUGCCAGUUUCGAACCGACAUCGAAGGGAAAACCAAAUGCACAUACGUUUACAUUUGACCAAGUAUUCCAUCCCUCUUCGGGCCAAGAAUCGAUAUUUGAAAUGGUCUCGCCCUUAAUACAGUCCGCUCUGGACGGAUACAACAUUUGUAUUUUUGCAUAUGGACAGACGGGUAGUGGAAAAACGUACACAAUGGAUGGUAUCCCAUCAAACCCUGGAGUUAUACCGAGAACCGUGGACUUACUAUUUGAUUCUAUCAAGAACUAUCGACACUUAGGCUGGGAAUAUGAAAUUAAAGUGACAUUUUUGGAAAUAUACAAUGAAGUCCUCUACGAUCUAUUGAGCAAUGAACAGAAGGAUAUGGAAAUUCGAAUGGUAAAGAAUAGCAAGAACGACAUCUACGUAUCAAAUAUAACGCAGGAGACGGUGGAGAGCGCAGGACGUCUCCGCGAACUAAUGCAAAUCGCCAAGAUGAAUCGUGCAACAGCAGCGACCGUCGGCAAUGAACGAUCAUCAAGAUCACACGCGGUGACAAAAAUCGAACUUAUAGGUGCACAUGCCGAAAAACAAGAAAUUUCUAUUGGUUCAAUAAAUCUGGUGGAUUUGGCAGGCUCAGAGUCACCCAAAACAAGUACUCGUAUGAACGAAACCAAGAACAUAAAUAGAUCGCUGUCAGAGCUGACAAAUGUAAUAUUGGCACUAUUGCAGAAACAAGAUCACAUCCCUUACCGAAACUCGAAGUUAACUCAUCUAUUAAUGCCUUCUUUGGGCGGUAACUCCAAGACACUAAUGUUUAUCAAUGUUGCUCCACUGCAAGAUUGUUUUGUUGAAUCACUGAAAUCACUGCGAUUUGCUGCCACUGUCAAUCAGUGUAAAAUGGCCAAGGCUAAACGUAAUCGUAUACUUAACACAUCCCUUGCAAAUACCAGCGGAAUCAGCAAUCAAUAA